GCAAAGUAUCGAAAAGUCUCGGCGCCGUUGUUACGCCAUUUUGGGCGCUUCAUAAGGUAAAAAAUUCGCCGAUAACGUUUAAGUGGAUCGUGAAGUUCACAGGUAAGUGUUAAUUAAUAAACAUAAUUAAUUUUUUAACAAGUACAUGUAUAUUUCAGUCUAUAAAAGUAUUUUAUAUGAGAGAAAAUUGGUUGUCUUAAAGAGUAAACUCUUCGUAACCACCACGAGAAACAAUGCCUACAGGCGGUCGUAAGAUCUACAUUGGCAACUUGAAUCCCAGUACUCUUAAACAGGAUGUAGAAAAAGAAUUUAGUCGAUUUGGAGAUCUGGAUGCCGUUUGGGUAGCACAGAAUCCUCCAGGCUUCGGAUUUGUUAUAUUUAAAAACUCCAGGGACGCUGAACACGCUAUAAGAGCGUUAGACGGUCGUCGAGUGUUUGGCAAUAAACUGAUAGUAGAAAUGGCAAAAAACCAAGACAGUUUAUCUUUGCCUCGACAAUUACCACCGAGACGUUACUCACCUCCUCGAUCUCGAAGAUUCUCGCCCGUCAGGAAUUUUAGCCGUCGUUUUUCACCUGUUCCCUACAGAAACGGAUCUCGGCGUUCUCCCUACAGACCUCGUUCUCCACGAAGGAGGGAAUCACCUCGUCGGAGAUCUCGUUCUCCUUACCAUAGUCGGCCAAAUCGUUAUACUCCUCCACCUCCUCCACGUGAAAGAACUCCAAUUCGCCGCAGUAGAAGUAGAUCACCAUUAUAUCGUCCUCGUUCACCGUCUCUGCCUCCUCGAAACAGUCCGCGACGAGCUCGAUAUCCUGAUAGACCUCCACCGUCUCCGGACUUUGCUCCUCGGUCUCCUCUUCGCAGGUAUCCUUGA